AUAACAAUGGGCGGGGUGUGGGCAUGCCCAGGGUAGUUAGGUUUGUGUUCUGGGUCCCACUAGUUGAUUAGGUUAGGUGAAGCAAGGAGGAAGCAACAAUAUGGAAUUUCUGCUGAAUAAUUAUAUCUUGUGUCCCACUUUGACCCGCAUUCUGUGAAGCAGUCAGCGAUCCUGUGUGUGACAUGCAGGUCAGACUGCCAGAAAUGCACGGUACGUCGGGUAUCAAAUGAGUUAGUUGUCUGCUCCAGCCAUGUCUUCUGAAAAGAAAACAUCUAAGAAGGAAGCAGGCUUUGAAGGAAUGGUCAAAGAGCUGAAGCAGCAGCUGACUGAGCAGGUGCGGUGUCUGGACACACGGGCUGACACACAGGCAGCACUGCUGUUUGAACUACAGGACUUUUUUCGGCGGCGUGCGGACCUGGAGCUGGAGUACAGCAGGAAUCUCGACAAGCUGCACAAGUCGCUCAGCCAACGGCACAAGGAUCUGAAACAGAGACGAGACCAAGCGCACCUCUUCUCGUCGUACAGCUGCUGGCAGCAGCUGAUCCAGCAGACGCGCCACGAGUCGCGUGACCGCGCCACCAUCGGCGACGUCUACUCCACCGUGGUGCCGCAGAAGCUGGCGCGGCUCGGCGACGACCUGCUGCGCGUGCACAAACGGUGCCGUCAAGUCUGCACAGAUUCUCAUGAAGAGUUGUUGAAGCUGAUCAAUGAACUCCAGGCAGCUACCAAGACGUACAACAUGUACUACGCACAGUUCAGCACCGCCGAAGGUAAACUUCAGUACGUAGUCAACCAGAAGGCCAAGCUGGAAGUAAAUCUGCCAGAAGAGAAGCUUGAAAAAUCCAGGAAGUUCAGGCUGGUGGAGAAGGAGAUUGUCAAGCGACGCAACAAAUACCAGGACACGCGGCUGCAGGCGCUGCGCGCGCGCAACGACUUCAUCCUCUGCCUGGAGGCGGCCAACGCGGCCGUGCAACACUACUUCGUGGACGACCUGCCGGACGCGUUGGACUGCGCCGACACGGGCGUGCACGCGGCGCUGGGGCGCGCCCUGCUGAUGGCCACCGACGCCCAGGAGGGCACCAUUGACGGCCUGCGGCAGGGCGUGGAGGCGCUGACCAGGGCCGUGUCCGCUCUUGACGCCCGGCUCGACAAGCAGCGCUUCAUCGAAGCCAACAACGCCUCGUUCAUGCUGCCGAAGAAGUUCGAGUUCGUGCCGUAUAAGGGAGAUAUUAUGUCGCGCUACGACGUCGAUCCAGCGAUCCUGGACGAGACGCGGCUGCGCUACGACGCGCUGGGUCGCCGCAUCGAAGCGCUGCGUACGGCCACCGACGAGCAGUGGAAGACGAUGGAGACGGCCGAGCGGUCCCUGCUGGAGAUGGCCGGCACGGCGGAGAUCGACUGCCGCGGCCUCUUCCAGUCGCCCAGCGCGCCGCGGCCCACGGAGACGGCACUGGCCAAGCAGCGUGGCGACCAGCUGGAGACCGGGCAGUUCUACGUGACGAAGUUCGCAGAGUUCGUGGCCGACUCGAACCUGCUAGCGCGGCUGCAGGUGAAGCGCGAGCUGCUGCGCUCGGGGCUGAGCGAGCAUGCGCCCGAGCUGGAGCGGUCCGGUCGUGCCGUCUGCCCGCCGCCGCCGCGCCGUAAACGACUGGGCCGCGCGCCGGCCGACGGCCAGCCGCGCCUCUUUGGCGGCAGCCUGUCCGAGUACCUGGAGCAGAGCGGUCAGGACAUCCCGCUGAUCGUGCGCUCGUGUGUGCGCGUCAUCAACCUGUACGGUCUGCAUCAUCAGGGCAUCUUCCGCGUGUCCGGCUCGCAGGUGGAGAUCAACAACUUCCGCGACAGCUUCGAGCGCGGCGAGGACCCGCUGGCGGACGUGUCGGACGCCUCCGACAUCAACUCGGUGGCCGGCGUGCUGAAGCUGUACCUGCGCGAACUGCGCGAGCCCUUUUUCCCGACCCAGUACUUCGACCAAUGCAUGGAGAUCGCCCAGCUGGGCAGCUCGGACGAUCAGACGGCGCGGCUGCGCGAGCUGGUGUCGGCCCUGCCGCGCGCCGUCCAGCUGGUCAUGCGCUACCUCUUCGCCUUCCUCAGCCACCUGUCCGAGUUCAGCGACGAGAACAUGAUGGAGCCCUACAACCUGGCCAUCUGCUUCGGCCCGACCCUGCUGCCCAUCCCCGAGAGCAAGGAUCAGGUGCAGUACCAGAACCUGGUCAACGAGCUGAUGAAGCACAUCAUCCUCUGCCACGACGGCAUCUUUGCGUGCGACGGCGGGCCCGUCUACGAGAAGUACAUCAGCAGGGGCCCGACCGAGGCGGAGGAGAUCGGAGAGGCGCCCUCGGAGACGGCCGCCCAGCUGGACGGCGCUGAGCUCGAGCCGCCCUCCGAGGACGAGGGCGAACAGCUGGAGGCGGUGGCGCAGUUCGACUUCUCGGCCCGCUCGCCGCGUGAGCUGAGCUUCCGCUGCGGCGACGUGUUGACGCUCUACAGGCAGGUGUCGUCCGACUGGUGGCGCGGCGCCUUCCGCGGUCAGGACGGCCUCGUGCCCGACAAGUACAUCAUGCUGCGCAUCAGGGACGAGGAGCGCACCAGCGGCUCCGAGUCGGGCAGCCAGCCGCGCGCGUCCGUCAGCAGCGAGCCGGCGCGGUCGGCCAGCCGCAGCGCCCGCUCCUCCACCUCCACCCUCUCCACCGCCUCCAGCUCCUCCGUGCUGGAGCACGCCGAGGUACUGGAGACCUCUGUUUGACUCCGCUCGAGCCGGCCGAGACCGCAUGAGUCGUCCCAUGGCUAGCCUCUGGGCGCGCUAUUGACGGCUCUGGAGGGAUCUCCCAGGAAGCGGACGUUGUGUACAUAUUCAUGCCGCUUUGCCUGCCGACGCUUUUGGGGCUUUCCGUUGGCUACUAACGCCAAAACUGAUGCGGGUUAUGCUUGGUCCGUGUGGCGCCAGCAAGGGGCGGUGUGUAAGACGACGACUUUACGGUAAAGCUUUAACAUUUCAUUUGCGAUGUGUUAACGAUACAUCGCAAGGACAGCGCUAAGCGAACGACUUGAGGAUGUGUUUCUCGCAGUUGUCAGACUCGGGACGUUCAGUCGGUAUUCCCAGCCUAUCUUUAGCAUACUGCAGGCAUGGUAACUUCAAGAAAAAUUGGCUAAAUGCUCUGGAAGUGAAAUCCUUGCUAAGUAAAACUUGCGGCGAAAACACCACCGCAGAUGGGCGAACACAGUUCAGCGAGCGAUAUUUCCAAAAGAUUUUGUUUCUCCACACAGGAGCAAGGUUGCCCCCUUUUUUAGUAGCGUGUCUUGGUCGAUUGGCAGUUAGCCGCCGUAGACACGGUACGGUUUCUGUAACGCGAACACGUGUGUGCCACAUCUCGACCAGUGCCUCGGACGUUCGCUGAGUUGGGCUAGAGGGUCGGCGCCGGGAAACUACAGAAACAGUGAAUACAGCAACUGGCACUUUAAAAGUGUUGAGCGAUUUUGUGGGCCUUGGGCCAUUCAGGUGAUAGCAAAGCUAUCCCAGCUUUUUCGUUGUCGAUUUUUCGGUUUAAGUCAUAUGAUAUGUAGUAACCCGGCUAUUUUCUAGAUAAUGGGUGGAGAGGAUCAAUCAGCCCCUAGAUGGUCACGUUUCCCCAAAUGUCACAAGCGUUUAUUGAAGCUUUGCUCUCAAGUGAUAGCACGUUUUUUCAAGAAGCUGGCAGCAUGUUUAACGGUGGCCUUAACGCGGUGUGCGCUAAUGGCGCGAAUAACUGGCGGGCAUUGCAAUACAUGUUAUGUUUGGGCGGGUUUGCGGGACCGUGGCUGUGACUAAUGUGUGGCUAACUGCGCUGUGCGCCUGGCCGGUGUCGGGCAUCGCACUUGCCGUACGUUAUGCCCCGCUGGGCUGCAUUCACUUGCCAAGCUGUGUGCCUGUAUGAUACUCUGGCGAGCUGGAGCCGCGGCUGGCCAGUGGUGUCGGUUCCUGUGUGCCUGCGGUCUGCGGUUGCCGAGUCUCGCUGUCGAUGUGUGUCCACGUCAGGCUGUGUUCACCUCUGGUGUCCGGUACUAACCGCCGGUGGCGGCUGCUAUGCGCUGUCCGCGGUGGCGGCGCUUGACCCCCCU